CGGGUCGGGUUAGUGGGCUGGCGCCUGCAACUCCAACUGGCAGCGGGUUGGAAAUGCUGCUGGUCGGCAAGACGGGGGCGAUCGUGGCCGGGGUCUUCGGAGCAGCCUUCAUUGGUUAUUGUAUAUAUUUUGACAGGAAAAGAAGAAGCGCCCCAGAUUUCCGAGCAAAGUUGCGCGAAAGAAGAAGAAAACAGAAGAAACAGGAUAGAGAAAAUGAUUCUGUCGGGAAGUUACCUGAUCUGAAAGAUGUUGAAGCUGUACAGAAGUUUUUUCUCGAAGAGGUCCAAUUGGGAGAAGAAUUGCUGGCAAGAGGUGACUAUGAGAAGGGAGUUGAUCAUUUAAGUAAUGCUGUAUCGGUAUGUGGUCAGCCACAGCAACUAUUGCAGGUUCUUCAGCAGACACUACCACAUCCAGUGUUUCAAAUGCUCAUCCAAAGAUUGCCCGUUGUAAGACAGCGUUUCCUCGCAGGUAUGACUGCACAGCAUUUGGUAGAAGAUGACGUUGAGUGAAAGAUUUACACCAUCUUCAGCUCCAACAAGGUUUAUUCCAUCAUUGUGAACCUUAAAUGCAGUGAUCACUGUAGACUUAAGUUUACAAACAAUUCAAAGGUGUACCAUUCACAUUCAAAAUAAACCAGUAAUGUUGGUCCAUCACGCAUAA